UGUUGUAGUCUGUUUGGUGUAUGAAUUCGCCUUAGCAUCAUUGAUUUGUUGGUUGUUUUUUGGCAGGAGACAUUAAGUGGUUUCUACGGUGCAAUCUUCAUUGUCAUUGGAUGUAAAACCUAUAUUGGCGUAUUGGAUCCUAUCGCGUCGUUUAUUACUAUUCGAAUCCAUCGUACCAACCUUCAUAAACCCAGGAAUUUUUAAAAAAGAAGCUUUCAGGGCAGUUUGGAGUUUAGGGAAACACAAUUGGAGAUACGUGUGAAGCAAGGAACGCGAAACAUUUGGAAAGAUGAAAAACCGUCACAUUUUAAACAGAACCAUGGUUACAGAGUGGGAAGAUAAUAUCCUCUUUGAUGCCGAUGAUCCUGAUUUCUGUGGUAUAUCUCCGAGCAUUGGAAACGUUUUCAAUACAAGUGCUGCGACGGUAACCGCAGCAACUAUUGUGGUACCACCGCCUGUGUUUAAGACUGCAGCCACCACAAAUGGAAGUUUAAAUGCAUUGAACGUGAAAGCAAUGUCUUUAGCCAGUGUACAUGGUCCACAAUUCACGGAUAUCUGCAGCCCCCUAGGUCGCAGCAGUAUCAGCAUGUCUUCUUCGUUAUCGGAUUUGGUCGGUAGUCCUUUGGAAAUUUCCGUAGACAACGUACUCACUAUUGAGGAGUUGCGUCAGCAAAUGGGGUCCUGUUUCACAUGUGGUGUGUCCUGGACGGAUGACCAUGUUUCCCUUGACUGUAGUGAAUGUGGGGGCUAUAGCUUAGAGCGUCCCUGCCCGCUAUGUGAUGGCCAGUGUGACGUCCAAUGGAAGCGUGAUUUCACCAUGUCGCAUGCGUGUGGCAAAGCUCGCUGGCAUGGUGUGUGUCCCAGCUACCAGGAGGUGAUGACACAUUUAAAUCCUCUCGAAGCUGCUGCUACCGCCACUUCCUCCGCUGCUCCAUCAACGUGCGCCAAUGCCGCUACACAUUUGCGAUUGGCACAGGAACUAUGUCUGCGGUUGGAACAACUUUCGGCAAGUGCUCACACGUGAUUGCUUUUCAUUUCGACAAUUAUACGCGAAUAAGCGAGUGCAGCAGUGGCCUGAAAGUUCCUCAAUUGAAUCCAUUGAAAACCAAUAUUAAAUUUAAACUGAACCAACUCAACUCAAUCUUCUUAAAUGCAUCAAUACUUGCAUCCACAUCUACGUCGUAGAUAAUUUACAUAAUAUGUUAUCUUAAAUUAAAAAAAUUUUUUUAUAACUAUUUUCAUUACUCUUAAGCCUCUAUAGAUAGUUCAGUAGUGGUUCUCUAGACAAUUCUAGCUCUGUAAUUGCACUUCAGUAAUGCUAACUAUGAAUUAAAGAGAUUUUGAUUCAAUUCCCGCAUUAUAGAAACUACUCCCUGGUAAUCAGCAAAAAAAGGUCUAUCUUCAAAAGAUGUUGUAUUUAAGUUUGCCAUAUUUGUAAUUGUGGCGUUUCUGUUAAGACUUGCAUACAUAAAAAAGAAGGGAGUUGCUUAUUUUGUAAUGUUUUGUAAAGUUAAAUUAGGAUAAUUAAGUGCGACGGAGUGAUUGUAGCCUUUGACAAAUGUAUUGUAAUUCAGGGCGAAAUAUUUGUGAAUUUGUAACGGAAAUAGAUUUAGAAUAGCAAAACAGA